CUGAAGUUAAGCGAUCUCCUGGAGCAUGGCUAGAGGGGGAAUUUCAUCUGUUAACUCAGAGAAAUUUUCUAAUCGGUUUACUAGCGCUUUGUCAUCCGCCUUUCUUGAAUGGUUGCUGCUUUUUAUGCUCCUUAUUGAUGCUAUUAUUUCAUACAUAAUCACAAAAUUUGCUCAUAAAUGCAAAUUGCAAAUCCCAUGUUUGCUAUGCUCAAGACUUGAUCAUGUUUUUGGCAAAGAAAAGCUGAAAUUUUAUUGGGAUCUGGUAUGUGGUGAUCAUAAGUUGGAGAUUUCAUCCUUAGUUUACUGUCAUGCCCACAACAAGCUUGUUGAUGUUCAUGGAACGUGUGAAAGUUGCCUUUUCUCAUUUGCUACAAUAAAUAAGUCUAAUGCUGAAACCUAUAGAUUAUUGGUCGGUAAGCUGGGGGAAGAUUUUGGCUAUGGUCUUGAGAAGGACCGAUCCCUUGAGAAUCAUAAACUUGGACAUUCAACUGUAAGGCACUGUUCUUGUUGCAAUGACCCAUGGAUGCCAAAAGGGCAUAUCAAAACAUUGAUACAGACACAAUCAGCUGUGUCUCAGGCUGCUGAAUUUGAUCUACCUUUACCUGUUUCUGUAGAACAUGGUCAGGAUGACCAGAGCAGAAGUGACAAUGUGUCUAUUUCAGUUAAAGUUACACAUCAGAGAAAAAAUGGGCCUGAUCCUCUAUCUCAUGUAGCAUAUACAGGGCUUACGAUUACUUCUGAUUCUGAAUCUGAGGUGUCUAAUGAUGCUGGCAAUGAGGAAGAUGCUCUAAUUAUCGAAACUGAUCAUCUACAAAGAGAUAUUGUUGAUCAACAUGAGCAGCCAGAGUCUCGUACUAUUACUUUGUCAGACGAUUUUGCUUCGGAGAAGUUGAUGGAUCCUGUUUCUGAACCUAAGCCUUCAAUUUUCAUCUCACAGGCACAAUCAGACAUCAUUAAGCCUCUCGGAUCUAAAUCAGUGGAAUCUACUGACUCAAGUGAACAUGGCUUGGAGGAACUUAAUUGGAAGCAAGCCAUUAGCAAAACUGAGCCCUUUGCUUUUUCUGAGCUUAUUUUUCUUGAUGAGGUCCCUUUAUCAUCAAACGGUGGGGAAGCUUCUAUUGAUGUGUCAACAGAAAUGAAUCUUAAUUGCCUUGAUAAGGUCCCUUCAAUGUCAAAUGCUGGUGAAAUUCCUAUUCAAGGGUCAGAAGACAGUAAGCUUAUUUCCGUUGAUUAUGUGUCUUCGUCAUCACUUGGCAAUGAAACUCCUGUCGAAGUGUCAAAGAGCAAGCCUAUUAUCAUUGAUGAUGUUUCUCCAUCAAAUGUUGUUGCAUCUUCUGUUGAAGAAUCAAAAGAGAGUAGUGUUACGAGAACUCUUGAAGUUGAGAAGAAAUCCUUGACCAAGUGUGAGGAAAUCUGCAAAUCCACAGAGCAGCCACUUCCAAUACCUGAAUCACCAAUAGAAAAGAACCUUGUUGCAAGUUACAGUAGCAUGCGAUCACCCAAUUCAUUGGAACUAAGCGAUGCUUAUAAGCUUGCUGUAGGUAGUAAAGGAAGACAAUUGUCUGGUUUGCUUGUUGAACAAUGGAUUGGAAAAGAUUCUUCUAGACUUAGUGAGGAUCUGAAGGGGUUAUUGUCACAAUUAUCUGCUGCUCGAGGGAUUGAGCAAUCAAUGAACGAUGUAAGUCCUAGGAUUGGUGCAAGUCCUAGCAUAUCUAUAAAAAGUGACGAAAUAAAGGCUUCGGAUUCUCCUACAUUUGAAGGACUACAAAUACUUCAAAAGAGGAUCUCACUUGAGAGAAAUGAGUCUGGCUUGUCUAUAGAUGGAAGCAUUGUUAGUGAAAUUGAAGGUGAAAGUGUGGUUGAUCGGCUAAAACGACAGGUUGAGCAUGACAAGAAAUUAUUGAGCGCAUUGUAUAAGGAAUUGGAAGAAGAAAGAAAUGCCUCUGCAGUUGCUGCAAAUCAAGCAAUGGCCAUGAUUACUCGACUGCAGGAGGAGAAGGCAAAACUCCACAUGGAAGCCUUGCAGAAUCUCAGAAUGAUGGAAGAACAAGCUGAGUAUGAUAUGGAAGCACUGCAAAAAACAAAUGACCUCCUUACGGGGAAGGAGAAGGAGAUUCAAGAUCUACAAGCAGAGCUAGAAUUUUACAGGAUGAAGUUCCCUAAUGAUUUGAUGCUGGGGGACACAGUGAAGUCGGCGCAUGAUUUGAAAGCAAGACAGGGCACAGUGGAUCAUUCAGAAGCUAAUGGCAUUGAAGAGAGGGCAAGCGUACUUAUAGAGCCAGUUGAUGAAAAAGUUAAUAUCUGCUCCACGGUUGAAGAAACAGAUCAGUCUUGCAGGGACACAAACAAAGACACCAUGAAGAAUCCAUUGUCAGGAUAUGAAAAAUAAUACCAUGAAGAAUUCGUUGCUUGAGGCUUUAUGUACAAAAACUAUAAAGAUGCCUGCAAGAGAUGACAUGCUGGUGCUACUCGAAUAAGCUUGAAUAUACAACAGGGAAAAAAACCUGGUGAUGACGACUGGCCAUCCAUUGUACAGUAUUGCUGAGUCUGCUUUCUCCUUAGGCAGAACCCGAUAUAGGACAUGAUUUUAUACAGUGUGUUCCUUUUAUUUCCCCAGUUUUUUUUCCAGGGGUUCCAUAGGUUGUAGCUGACUUGUUUUGCAUACCAUCAAAAAUGGAGUUGGUGAGAUUUUUCCUUUUCAUUUUUCUCUUGGUAAUCUGUGUUUGAAGGUGUUUUUCUUUUUCUUUUUUUUUUUCCAUACUUUUUAGCUACAAGUAGUGGUUUGAGUGAUUGCAUUUUGUACGAGCUGGUGUGCUUUUGAGUGUAAAGCAUAGGUUAAAAUAACCAAUCAACCCAAUAAUGUUGUAAACUAGAACAGAUCAGAAAUUCCGAGUUUAAUAUUGAUUGGCUUGAUUUUACAGA